AUGCGAGGUUCUGGUCGGUGUAGAGAGGUCGGUUAUAAACAGGCGGCGUGUUAUAAAAACAGUGAUGAUGUACGGCGCGGCUGUGAAGGUGUUUUUCCUCCGGAGGUCGAAGGAGACGAAACAGCGAGGUCGCAGCCACGGCGAAGGAUUCUGGUGUUUAUCAAACGAACAGGGAGGUCAGGGCGUGUUUACGUCGUGGUCACGAUGUCCUGUUUUCUGUCAACACCUCGCCGCUCGUGUGGACGAGGGGCCGCAAACCUUCAUGUUAACCCAAACAUGGAGGUCAAAGGUCGACAGGAGGUUGAACACGUUUGA